AUGGCAACCCCUUCAAUAACGGUGUUCCCGGCUCGCAAGGUCUCCAGGAUCAACCGGAACAUCUAUUCAGGCUUCACGGAGCAUAUGGGCCGCUGCAUCUACGGCGGCAUCUAUGACCCAACAAACCCCAACCAGGACCUGGUCGACGCCGACGGGUUUCGAAAAGACGUGAUUGACGCCCUGAAGCCGCUCGACAUCCCCGUGUUUCGAUACCCAGGAGGCAAUUUCUGCGCCACGUACCACUGGCAGGACGGGGUAGGGCCGAGAGACCAGCGGCCCUCGCGACCGGAGCUGGCGUGGGACAAUGUCGAGACGAACCACUUCGGCACCGACGAGUUCAUGGCGUGGUGCAGGGCCGUGCACGCCGAGCCCUACCUGUGUCUGAACUUCGGCACCGGCACGCUCGAUGAGGCCAUGGCGUGGGUCGAGUACUGCAACGGCACCAAGGACACGUACUACGCGAACCUGCGUCGGAAGAACGGUCACGACGAGCCCUACAAGGUCCGGUACUGGGCGCUGGGCAACGAGAUGUGGGGGUCCUGGCAGGUCAACCAGAUGACGCAGGAGGCGUACGCGGAGCGAGCGCUGCAGUGGGCGAAGGCGCUGAAGCUGCUCGAUCCCACCAUCCAGCUGGUCCUCUGCGGCAAGGAGGGCGCCACCUCCUGGGACUACCACACGCUGAAGCACUGCCUGCAGCCGGCCGGGCGGAGCGACCUGGGCGAGGACCGCGUGCCGCUGAUCGACAUGCACAGCAUCCACCUGUACACGGCGAGCGACGAGCACUACGAGAACGUGACGGCGCCGCUGGCCGCGGAGCGCAGCAUCGAGGUCUGCGCGGGGCUGAUCGACCUGGCCUUGGUCGAGAACGGCAUCCCACCGGCCCAGAAGAGGCCGACCAUCUGCUUCGACGAGUGGAACGUGUGGCUGCCCACGCGCGCCGUGGGCAGCCGCGGCGCCGAGGAGACGUACACCCUCUCCGACGCGCUGGCCGUGGCCGUGUGGCUGAACGUGCUGGUCCGCAAGUCCAGGGACGUGGGCAUGGCGUGCAUCGCGCAGAGCGUCAACGUCAUCAGCCCCCUGAUGACCACCGAGCACGGCCUCGUCCGGCAGACAACGUGGUGGCCGUACGAGCUGUUCUGCCGCUUCAUGAAGGGCCACCAGGUCGCCGUGCACGUCGAGUGUGACGCCUACGCGGGCCCCACGAAGCCGGGCUGGGUCAGGGCGCUCAAACCGACUCCCUGGCUGGAUGUCAGUGCGACGCUCGACGACGACGGCUGGGUCAACGUUUGCGUGGUCAACAUUCACGCAGAGCACGAUCUGAAGACGGCUCUCGGAGGCGUGGAGGCGUCUCAAGGCGAAGUCUACACCGUCACGGGGCCAAAUCUCAAGGUCACAAACAUGGCCGGCAAAGAGGAGGUCGGGUUGCAGAAGUCGGAAUGGGAUCCAAACAAGUCCUCGACCUUCGUCUUCCCCAAAAGCUCCAUCACUAUGUUGAGAUGGAAAACCUUGUAG